UCUUAAAUGACCUAAUGUUGUUUUGGAAAUCAUGUGUUAAACAUGCUUUGAUCUGCAUUUUUGUGUUGAUACCUGUAUGACCCCACUUUAAGGUGUGAAAGAGAAACUUCUCAUGUUUAAAGCUGAUCACUUUUGCCUAUAUUUGAGCCUUAAGUCUUGCUCCUUUUUGUCUCACAAGAUGCAUGUGCAAUGUCUUCUUGUAAAAGUUGUAAAAAUGCUCUGCUCAAAUAAUACUUUGGUUUCUGAAUGACUGUGUAUUUUGAAAUAUACAUGCACAUGUAUUUACAUAAAAGUCUUUAGAGUCAUAAAACUGCUUUCAUUCACAGGAAUUUUCCCCCUUUUAGUGCAUGAAGGCAUCAACACAGUUGGGAGUUAAUUUGUUUAGGGUUCAUCUCUCCACGGUCGAUAUCUGUGUGAUUGCACAAGUGCCCUAAGGAAGUCAUUUGGAGACUGGUUGCACAGGUGUGACUAGGGAAUCAUUUGGCUGGCAGAUGUUGAUGGUGUACUGUGAAAUUCUAGUGUGGCUUUGUGCUGGGUCAAGUCUAAUUAUUUAGAAAGGAAAGUCUACAGAUAAAAAGUAUGCAUUCCAUAAUACAAGAUGGACAUUCUUCCAAAACAGCACCUGUAAAGCAGUAAUUUUAAGAGCACUUUUGCGCAUAUUAAAAACAGCUGCUGACCUAAACAGUUUUGUUUAAAAAUAAUGUGUUCUGCUUAAACAAAAGUCGUUGUUCCUUGUAUGGUCAUAAUUCUUCCGUGAAUGUAAAGGUGCUCAUCUACUUACGGAGUUGAGUGGAGGGAAAAAGAGGAUUUCAUUGAAAGCUGUUCUAUAAUGUGCAUAUGGGGAAGUAGAUGUAAGGUUGCCUAUGAAACUUUAAAAUUUUAUUUCCCAUUUUUUGAAUGCUUGAACCUCCAGCCUAUUCUGGUUUUGUAAUAUUUGUAUAAAAGAAAAAGGCUAAAAAGUACUGAAUUUUACAACUGCUUUAGACAGUGGUUCAUGGCUAAGAGUUGAUGUUGGAGAUUCAGCACUGCAACAGACUCAAGUUUUGAUUUUGAAUACAUAACAGAAGAGAGGACAAUUUUUUGCAGAGAAAGACAGUGAUAAGUCUUGAAUUAGAAAGUGCAGAUAAAGAGAACAUGAAGUAGCAGAAAAAUAUGUCUACUCCUGUCAUUUCCAAACCAUUUAUAAUGUCUUGUGUUUCAACUUCUGGUGCAGACUCAGGCCUGACUUCAGAGUGAUUAUGACAGAAUUUUAAUUUUGUAUGCCAUGAAGCAAUUCACAAGCAAUACAAAUAAGUGAAAUAGUGUGUACGUUUUACUUGGCAUUUGCGAUGUACCUGAUCAGAAUUUAAUGGCAGUAAAAGAACAUGUAAUUCUUUUGCCCAAGAGCUUUUUUUUUCUUCUGAAUUUAAAUAACUUGCUUGACAAUCUGGGUACUUGGAGCUUCACAAAAGAGGCUGAGGGAAUUUUUUUUGAUAAUUCAAGGAUCCCUCUUAAGAAAGGUUACUUUUCAUAAAAUCAGGAGGGCCUUCAGAUUAGAUACCAUGGAGGUGGUGAGAGGGGUGUUACCAGUGUUUCCAUAAUUUGUGCCUUUGAUGUACAAAAUACUGGAAUGAGUAGAGAGCAGUUAUCCAUAUGUGAGCAGGAGUUCGAAAGUAAACAGUGAUUGAAGUCUUAUGAUGGUGCACUACAAAAACUGAGAUGUUAAAUAAUUUAACAGUGUCUUUUAGUGUGUAAUGAUACUCAGUUAUUACUAACCCGAAGUAAAUUUGAAUAGGGUCUAACAGGGUUAACUCGGUAUCCUUAUCAAGUGAUUUCAUUCCUUUUUGCAAUAAUGGAUCAGAGUCACAGCUACUUGUGGUAGUUUAAAACCUGUAAAAGGCAGGGAAGUACUUGCCUGUGGUGACUCAGAAACUCGUGACAAAACAGGAACUAGCCCCGGGUCUCCCUUGCCACAGACUUGUGCUCUGCACCACUAAUCGUGGGUCGAGUUGGCUUUUUUAAAGGUUUCAAGGAAUGUUCAGUCUUUUCAUCAACAUGGUGUGCUGUCACGUCAGCAGCUCCACCCAUCUCUGGUCUGUACUCAGGUUGGACACUUUGUGGGAGACUGCUCUUAUUUGAGUUAAAGCUGCAUUUUAAACCUGAGGCUUUGAUGAGAAGCUGUAGAGCUGUUGCUCUCCGCAGCAGUGCAACCAGGCUUGGCUGCAGAGUUGUCAGUAGCCAAGUUUGAGAAUUCGAUUAACAUUUUAAUAAUGAUUUUAAAAAGAUUAAUUAUUGUGGCAAUUGAAUUUUCAUGCAGCAAUAUUACAAGAAACAGUUGAUUGAUGAAUGGGGAAAAGCGAAGUCACUGCAAUAAAACAGCAGAAUGGGUUCUAAUGGAGGCACAUGGGCUUCAAAGAAUAGGUUCCAGAAACACAAGGCAUGCAGAAAAUGGGAGUUUAAAGAAAUGAAGUACUGGAAAGAGUGGAACCAUCAGAAAUGCAAAAGUCCCACUGUAGUUUUGUACUGCUUUUACUAAGGUCUUACGUAGUCCAAGUUCAGUGCUUUCUGUUUUCUAUCUGCGGUAUAUCAACAAAGUACAAAAACCUGUGGCCCACCUUACAUUUUUGUACAAAGUACAAAAACCUGUGGCCCCACACCCACAGCUUUCCUUUUGAAUUAGUAGGCAUAGUAGGAAAAUUUUUAGUUCCAAAAUUUGGAAGUGUCCGUUUUAAAAAAAAACAGACUUGAUCCUUUACUUUUAAAUGUUGUGUGUUUAUUCUCUUGUGGUGUGUGUCUGUGAUAAAAUAAAUGCAUUAUCUUUAUCAGACAUUCUUCUAGAAGUUCUUGCUUUUGAAGAUUAAUUAAAAAAAAAAACAAACAGAUUUGUAAAAACUGUCACUCAGACUAGGUAUUCUGUAGUUUACUACUAGAGGUUCUGAAAAAUUAAUAAUUUCUGAGGUGUUAAAAGUUAGGCUUCCAGUGCCACUAGAGUGUGUUCUGUGAUGGUGGAUGUAUUUGUGUAGGAUCCAUACCUGACAUACCUUGUGGCACCAAGGUCUGUACUCUGCAAUAAGCAUUUUGAUUCUCCAAGCCCUCCCCUACAUAUUUGCCCUCCUGAGUUUAUAUUGCCGUACUUUACACAGGCUCCACUGUCACCAGGACUGCCUACAGGAAUACAGAACAAGUGAAGGAUCCCAAGAAGAAGUGAUUAUUUAAAGUUGGAAGUAUGUACAAACCUAAGGAAUGAACGAGAUGGGGGCAUCUUUAUAAAAGUAGUCAGUGUACGUCAUCCUGUCCUGACUUCCUACAGAGGGGCUUUGUGUGUCAUGGGUCAGUCUCCUGUAGGGCAGUCUUUAUUUGUAGGUCUCUUUGAUUAGGUCUGGUUAUUUUGAUGGUCUGCUCCCUACUGCUGUUAAGUUAUGCAGGAAAAAUAUUGAGCAUAAAAUAGGUCUUGCACUUGAAUUGAAAUAGUUAUCACAGAAAAACUUGGUAAGUGAAGACACAUCAAAGUACAGGUACUUCUUUUAGCUGAGCCGUACUGAAUUCAGGUAAGUGCUUCCAUGCCACACCCUCCUCCUUGUGUCUGCCACAGACACAGGAGUGGUGAUGCAAUAUUGCAUGGCAAUUACAGCAUGCACUGAAGAGUAUAGGGUUGCAAAAUCAGACUGAGGAAAGAAACACAGCCCCCAAAUUGUCGCACGUGGUAGGAUUUGCUGUUAAUCUUUAUAGAGGGGGUUGCUUUUUUUUCUUAAAAAAAAAUUCUAAUAGAGUGUAAUUGUAUACAGAGCCCAUCUGUGGUGCCUUGUAGAACAAUUGAGUGCUUCCUGUUAAGACACUUCUGAAUGUGUUAGAGCAUAAAAAAUACCUUGCUUUCCUCUUUUCUGUUGCUCUUACUAGUUCACUCUGUAGCUGAUCCUUCUGUGUGCCCACCUUACUUUUUAUUGCAGCAUUGUAUGUCCAGAGGUUCUUAAAAGGUAGCUGUCUCCCUGUGUUUAUAGAUAUUACUGGGCUGGACUGUUGAAGGAUGAUCCUAAUACAGCUCAAUUCAGUGUGUUCUGUGCACAGUGAACAGAAACUAGAUACUACUAAAAAUAAAAUUAAAAUCUUUUCCCUGUUACCUAGUUUACAUACAGUUAUCUCUAUUUUCAUAUGAAGUUUUCUUCAUUUUCUUAGAUUCUCUGGUUUCUGCCAUCUUAAUUUUGAGACCGGUGCGCAGAGCACAGCAGGCUGCAGACAGGCAGGCUCUGUUGGGUUUCUCAGAGGGCUCCUGGGGCACAGCUGCCAGCUUGAGUCCAUCCCAUGGUUUAUGCUGCUGUAGGGUCUCUGUGGGGGCAGCUCUGUGUGUCCUGUGGCAAGGAGAGCUCUGGCCGUUGGCUGCCUGCUGAUCCUGGCACUGGGGAUACAGAGCUGGGGAAGGAGGGAAGAGAAGGCUCUUGUCAGACAGCACCACCAAGUGCAGUGCAGGAGCGUGCAGCAUACUGCCUGGAGCAGUGUUUCUCUAUCAGCAUCUUAUACCUCUCUGCUUGGUGGGAUUUGGCAGUGUCACAGCAAGACAAGUUAUUUGCUUGUUUUUAAGAAGGAAAAAUAUGGUCAAGUCCAAUGGGGAAGAGGUCCAUGAUCUUUUUAAUGCAAGUGUUUGGUUUUGAUUUGCAUUUAAGGAGUGGUUUUUCUCUGUAUUUUUGUUUAGCUGUAUAUAGUUUCACUAGCUAGUUUGCUAGCUAGUGAAUUUCGGAAUGAAAUUUGGGGGUUUAUCAGGUUUUUUUUCGAAGACCGUUGUUCCUCAGCUGUCUUCCUUCACAAGGACGGAGUACCAUAGCAGCAUGGGCUCCAGUAUUCUGUGCAAAGGUAGAUGUUGAAGCUCUGUUUCAUUGGAGAACAGGUUAUUCACUUGUUGGAAUUGAUGAAGUUCUUUGUUGCAUUUAAAAUUGAACACUUCAGUCAUAGUGGUUGGUUACUGAUGUGAUUUUGAUGUGGUCAUUGUACAUCUUCUACAGGAUACUGUUCCUUCCUAAUUUUACCUCAUAAAGUUGUUGGAAGAAAAUGUUUAACAGCUAGGGAAAAACCUCUCCUGGGGCUGAUGUUGAGUAUUCCAGCAUAUCUUCACAGAAGAAAUAGUCAACAACAGCGAUGAGGCAGAAGUCGAACAGCGCUGACCGAAGUCAGGUUUUUGCAUUGCGUUAGAAAUAGGUCACUCUGAUUUGGUGGGUGUAACAAUGCUGUUGGUGUUUCCAUGGCUGUGUUUGUGUCUGCAUCUGCCAUGUGGGGUGUGCUGAACUCAGAAGGUCGGGACAGGCGCUGCCAUGGCCCCACUGGGGAUUGUGAGGGAACACGUGUGGGACAUACCAGAAACAUGGGGCAUCAGGGGCUGGGGACUCACUGCAGUGCUGGCCACAAAGACAAUUCCAUGGUUAUAUAAAUCUGUUGGGAUUUCCCUUCCUGGUGGUUGGAAAAUGGGGUUGGUAGGAAAUGUCUUGAGGUGCAAGAAAAAAAGCUGCCUGCAGUUUCAGGCAGACUGGGUCACUGCAAGGUAGCGGGAAGUGGUCUAACUGUGUAUGAAAAAGAGAUGAACUGGACAGAUGACAUUUUGGCAAAGGAAGUCAUCAAGAGUCUUGACUCAAUUCUGUAUAUUUAUUUUGGUCUCAUUUUAAAAUAUUCUGUUACGUUGGAUUGAUCUUGCUUUUGCUUAUUAUGCAGGAAAAGAGAAGCCCUGAGGUGUCUGAAAUAACAAAUAGCAUAGUUAAGGGCACUAAAGAAAAGAGUGUCUGGAAGGGUUGAAAAAAAUCCUAAUUCAUUAGUCAAAAGCAGAGUGUAUAGAGACUAAAUUGUAUUAUAUAGUUGAUUAAUAAUUUAUGUCAUGAACUGUCUUCCAAAAAUUCUGAAGUAGGCGAGCAGGUCCAGAGGCUGUGUCUGAGCAGGGGCACUCAUGUCUGUCCAGGCCUGCAUUUGAUCCUAACCACGCCAGGCCCUUGGGAUCCAACAUCUCCCGAGAGCUGGGAAAAGGAAACUGAUACACUGCAGAAGGCAAAGCCUUGGGCCCAUAAAUGUCUUUGAAAUGAAAUAAAAUUAAAAAUGCUAGUUUCUUAAAAAAUAUUGGCAAGCUUUUCUCUGAUAUGUUUUAUGUUUAAUGAGUAUUUUAAACCUUUCAUUUAGCUUUUGGUUUUUGAUAUUCUUUGGCUUGUGUCGCAACUGGAGAAAAGUAACUUGUCAGUGUUUUUCACAACUUCAUCCUAUUGUAAAUUCCAGUGCUCUCUUAACAGAGCUGUGUGUAAAAAAGUUAUUCUCAAAUAUGAUUGUACUGCUGAAAAAGAUGAAAGAUUUUCUAUUAGUUUGUUGGUGGCUGUUACGCAUUAAGAGUCCAUUUUGAAUGGAAGUUCCUGAACUCUGUUAGUUUUGAAAUGUUAUAGAAAAAGAUAUGUUGUUGUAUCACAUACAGGCAAUUGUGAUAAAUCAUUUUUUUCUGUCCUUUUAUUACUCUUAUAUGAGACUUUUUCCCUUCCAUCCAUUAAGAUGACUAUACAGAAAUUUUGUGUGGUUUUUUUCCUCAAAGUAAUAUUCAGUUACCCUUUCAAAAGCUAGCUAAAAUGCUAAACUCAGGUCUAGUCUAUGUGUUAUGGGUGAGGAUAUGAGAGAUGUGCUAUUUGAUAUGAGAGAAGUGGAUGAUGUUGAAUUUGACAAAGGUGCCCUGCAUUCCAGUGAAGCACAGAUGUGAUUUUUAGGAUGUGUCUGGAGCUAACACCUUGGUAAGGUGAGAAGCUGGAAGAGUAUCAGUCUAGUCCAAUUGAUAAUUCCCUGGCACAUGAGGCACACGAUCUUUUUCAACUUCUUCAGACUACUUUCUGUGCACCUGUGCCUCGGCAGAGCUUUUUAACCAGCGGUUUGGUUGUGCCUUCCGUUCCCACAGGAUUUUGGUUCUGUGUCCAGGUCCCCAAGGCUUUGUCCCCGAGGCCCUGUGCAGCCAGCCAAGCCUGCGAGCAGCAGAGCUGUGGCCUGGCCAGGGGCCGGUGUGCUCUGGGGACACUGCCACACGAGGGGUGGCCUAGGGUAUGUUUCACACGCCUCACAACAUGCUCUCAGUUCCUCAAAAGCUGUUUCUAUGCAGUUUUUCUUCAGCUGUUCUGUUCUGUUCUGCUUGUCAGCUUUCUUGACUCUCACCUGGUGGGAUGCUGUAUAUUGCUCGCUUUUGGGUGAGACUGAAGGAAGCCUUGUAUCAAGUGGGCAGGUUUUCUUUGUAGCAGUUGGGCAUUAUUUGCAGGUAUUGCAGUGCUGAUACAAGUCUUCUUGAAAAGGACUUGGAUUUCAAAUACUAGGAAAGCAUUUUUAAAGAUAAUUAUCUGUACUCAGAUUUUGUAGCCUUACUUUUUAUGUGACCAUAACAGUUUAUUUCUGUGUGUUUGUUCUUUUGCUCCACUGAAACUUGUUACUUCCGUGGUCUUGCCAUGAUUACAUCAGUGUUCCAUAAUGUCUAAGCUUCUCUGAGCUAAGUGUGUGCAUCAUGCAAGCGUGUUGAUUUGGCUUCCAAUUGCUCUAUCCUUUUACCCGUUCUAAUUUUUUAAUACUCCAAGUAGAUAAUCAAAUAUGCCACAUUGUUUUGUUCUGUUGGUCAUUUCUUUUCCUUGAGAUUAUGCUUUUGCUUAAUUGAAUAAUAGUUAUAUAAAUGGAGAAAAUUCCUGUUGAGUAGGACUUUACAGAUCCACAGUGAAAAAUGCUCAUCUGAGGAAUACCCUUGAACUAGGAGGAAGUGAUUUUCAUGUCUUAGAAGAGUUUUGAAUGGCAGCUAUAGCUUUUUCCACGCAGUUAUUUCGGGGAAAGUGGAGGGCUUUCUCCGUGCGCCCGUGCGAGGCGCGGCCGGGCCGCGGGCAUGCGGGGGAGCCGCGUGUGCGGAGCGGGCGGGCGGCCCUGGGGCGGGCGGGCCGGCUCCCGGUGCCAUGGUGGGGCCGGAUCCCGGUGCCAUGGUGGGGCCGGCUCCCGGUGCCAUGGUGGGGCCGGCUCCCGGUGCCAUGGUGGGGCGGGGCCGGCUCCCGGUUCCGCGGGCGGGGCCGAGCCGCGUCCUUCCCCGGAGGCGCGGCGGGGCCGUCCCGCGGCGGCAGCGCCGGGCGCAGCUCGGGGAACCAUUUUGGGGCGCGGGAGCUUGGCCGCGCAUGGGGCGGUGCGCCCCGCCCGGGGCGGUGACAUCGGGCGCCGCGCGGGGCCCCCCGGGUGUCGCGGGGGCUUUCGGCGCGGCCGCCGCCCGGCCCGCGGCCCGAGCCCGCCUGUGCUGCGCGGACGCGCCAUGAGCUCCUCCGCGCCCCAUGACGGGCAGAUCUGCCUCCAGCGGGCCGUAUUCCUGGAAGGGCGUCUGGUCUGCGUGCUUGCCGGGGAGUAAAACCUGCAAGGGGAAAGAAAUGAGCCGUCAGACCGCUACAGCACUACCCACAGGUACCUCCAAGUGCACGCCAUCGCAGAGGGUGCCCGCGCUGACGGGCACCACAGCUUCCAACAAUGACUUGGCCAGUCUCUUUGAGUGUCCCGUGUGCUUUGACUAUGUGCUGCCACCGAUCCUGCAGUGUCAGAGCGGCCAUCUGGUCUGUAGCAACUGUCGCCCCAAACUCACGUGCUGCCCCACUUGCCGAGGCCCGCUGGGCUCCAUCCGUAACCUGGCCAUGGAGAAAGUUGCCAAUUCCGUACUCUUCCCGUGUAAAUACGCCUCUUCCGGCUGCGAGAUAACUUUGCCGCACACGGAAAAAGCAGACCACGAGGAGCUGUGUGAGUUUAGGCCUUACUCCUGUCCCUGUCCCGGUGCUUCGUGUAAAUGGCAAGGCUCUCUGGAUGCCGUGAUGCCGCACCUGAUGCAUCAGCAUAAGUCAAUUACAACGCUGCAGGGAGAAGAUAUAGUGUUCCUGGCCACGGACAUUAAUCUUCCUGGUGCUGUUGACUGGGUUAUGAUGCAGUCUUGUUUUGGCUUUCAUUUCAUGCUAGUGUUGGAGAAACAGGAAAAGUACGAUGGUCACCAGCAGUUCUUUGCAAUUGUACAGCUGAUAGGAACACGCAAGCAAGCAGAAAACUUUGCUUAUCGACUCGAGCUAAACGGGCAUAGGCGGCGAUUGACUUGGGAAGCAACUCCUCGAUCCAUUCAUGAGGGAAUUGCAACAGCCAUUAUGAAUAGUGACUGUCUAGUCUUUGACACCAGCAUUGCACAGCUCUUUGCAGAAAAUGGCAAUUUAGGCAUCAACGUAACUAUAUCCAUGUGUUGAAAUGGCAAUCAAACCUCUUCAGGCCAGUGUUUAAAACCGUUGCAUUUAAUUUAGCAGAAAUAGGGUAACCAUCUUUGACUGUCAGACAAAUUAUUUGGUAGACGGAGGGUAGACAUAAAUGAAGGUAAAUAAAAGGAAAGGCUGUUAAAUUACAGGAAGCAGUUGCAUGUAGUAACUAAUAUAUUUAAAAUAAGUCAACAGUAAACCACUGAAAAUAUAUAUACACCCAAAAUGGGCAUCUUUUGUAUUAAGAAUUGAUUCUACAGGAAAUGUUGUAAAAUAAUUCUAAAACUUGUUUGUAGAUUGAUUGUACUGUUGAAAAGGAUACUGUUUCGUGUUUUUGUUUGUGUUUUUUUCCUCCCCCUUUGACUGACAAGCCAUGUUGAGCGGUCUGGUCUCUGGCCGCUGCUUCCCCUCCCCACCCCCCCUUUGUAAGUCACUACAUAGUAUUGCUGCUGUUUGUGUAUAUUUUUUGUGUAUUUGCUAAUUUUUAUUAACUUCUAGUUUUUCAUUAAAUAAAUAUGACUUUCUUUUCUGUAAUUCAGGUUUUUCUCUUUUUUGUAUCUUUUUAAGGUUAAUUACAGGUGUCAUCUUUUGAUAUGCAUAAUUGCUAUGGUAAAACUUAUAUUUCUGUAUGUUUGGUAAAUUUUGUCUCUUUCCAGUAGUCAAUUCAUUGGUGAUACUGUUCUUAAUUGAGCUAUAUGUGAAUGUACUGAACUCGAAAGGAGUGCUUAUGUUCAAAGAUGUGUCAGGAAAGACAGCUCCUUUAAAAACAGAUCUAGAUGUUGUUGUACUUUGAGUUAUCUUCUAACAAAAAUGAAACAAUUAUUAAGAACUUUCCGAAUCUAAAAAAAAAAAAAGCAAUUCACAUUUCAAAUUUCAAGAUGCUUAGAAAAUUGAUUGCAUCCUUGUAUUUGUCGGUUUGCAGUACAAAGGAAGUAUUGUAUUACACAAUAUUUGUAAUUAUAAAAGCAGACCAUUUGUCUAAAAAAAAAAAAAGGCAGUCAGAGUGAGAUGUUUUCAGUCUUUUUAUAUUUGUCAUUAAAAGAUUACCUGGCAAAUGAAAAAAAACACAGCCAGCUUCUGCUUUUUGCUUUAGCUCAAAGUUUGACACAUUGAUGCUCUUGCUCAGUUUCUUGUCUUCAUGUCUUUUGGUUGUUACUAAAGCAACUGUCUGGAACUGACUUUUGUAUCUCAUUUUGGUGACAUGAUCCACAUGACAAUGCAGAUGAAUCUCUUCCAGGUGUGACUGACCAGCCCUAAAGGCUCUGGAAGGAUACUGGGCUUUGUGCAGACUGCCUGUGUGUGCAGACCUGAACCACGAAUGUAAACGGGAUUUGUGUUACAAAACAGACCCAGGCAAGAGCAGGGAAAAGCUGUUCCACCUCGAGCAGGAAGGAAAUGUUUGUCAAAGCGAGUGCUAGUGGCCGUGUCGGGGAGCUGGUCUGGCUGUUGACUACUUUUGUAACACAUUAAAAUACAGUUUAUUUGCUGUG